GGGGAAAUGGAUUGUCAAUAAUGGCGCAAUUCCAUUUCCUCCAGGGCAACAUCAAUCACUCUGCCAGAGCUCAGGAUCUUCUACUCCAGAGCAUGGCAGAGUGGUCGAUCGACGUGGCUGUGGUCGCCGAGCCGUACUUCGUCCCCGCCCGUGACAACUGGUUGGGGUGCGCUGACGGUUCGGUGGCAAUUAUUGGCGGGACUCUGAUCGACCCGUCCAGGGGCCGCGGCUGGGUUUCCGCGGUUUCGGACGGCAUCGCCGUCGUGGGGGCGUAUUUCUCCCCCAACAAGAGUCUCGCCGACUUCGAGGGUUUCCUUGUCGAGUUGGGCGCCGUCGUGAACCGCUACCACCCUCGUCCCGUUCUGGUGCUCGGGGAUCUCAACGCCAAGUCAUCGGCGUGGGGAUCUCCGGUCACUGACUCUCGGGGCGAGGUGUUGGAAGAGUGGGCGGUGACGACCGGUCUGGUCGUCCUGAAUCGGGGAUCGGAAUACACGUGCGUGCGGCAGCGGGGCGGGUCGAUUGUGGACGUCUCGUUCGCAAGCCCCUCUGUCGCCGGCCGAGUCCGCGACUGGCGUGUCGCCGUGGAUGUGGAGACGUUAUCGGACCAUCGUUAUAUCCGGUUCGACGUCUCCGCCCAGACCGCGAAACGGCCGCCAUCCAACAACCCCGAUCAACGACGGCCCCCGAUGGCGCUCAGCGCAUCGAACAGGGAACUACUCGAGGAAGCUGCCUUA